AGAAUAUUUUCACAAAUCUUUACAGAGUGUUUCUCAGCCCCAAGUAGGAAGUGGGUAGACAGGCUAUGACCAGUGCACAGAUCUCCUGACCUUUCCACUUGUGACAAGGAAGUUGUUUGUCCUGCUCUGUCUCUGACUUCUUCCCAUUCAGAGCAGUCGGCCUUGAGAAAAGGACUGGAGGCAUUCUGGGCUGAAGUUGCAAAAGAGAUGAUGAUCCCUAGAUGGGUAAUGAUAUGUUUGCAAACAAACGAACAAGUUCAGAGAGCACCAAGAAGUGCAUAACUCAACCCUGAACUACGGAUGUCCUCGUCUAUUGGAACUGGAGUUGGAGUAGUACAGAGCAAGGAAAUUGACUCAGGGAUCAAAGGAUGUUUGUAGUUAGGAUGUCAGUCCUAGUGAGACCUUUACAUUUCCACAUUUCAUGAUGUCAUGGAGAGGCCGUUUAUUCUUUUGGAUAGGUUUUAUUUUUUCUUUACUUCCAAAUAAAAAAAAAUUGUGCUGAGGACAGAGUACAGUUUGGCAUCAUUUUUAACAAAAUCUAAAAAUCUGAUGUAAACAUCUGCUUGCAACAAAUUCAGUCUGAUGAUUAAGAUUAAUAUUAUGGUCACAUUGCUGGAAGGGAAAUGAACAUACAGUACUCCAACUGAAACUUGAUUUGCACCAAUUUUAGGGCAAGAUCUUAACAAGAUAAUUUAACAUCUGGGUAUGACUUACUAACUAGUUUCUUAGUCAUUUAAUUUCCGUUUAAAUUGUUUAUCCUGCAAUUCUAAUAUAAUUUCUUGAUCGUAAUAGUUAGUACUUUCUUAUGAGAAUAACAAACUAAUAAAUGUUUAUCCAGCACAUUAUUUAAAAUGGAGACUGGAACAUUACAUCACGGAAGUGGGCACAGAACAAAAUUAUGCUGUCUAUACUUUAAAUCUAUGUUUGAUGAAGUACCUGAUUUGAUUUUGGAAUUAAUCAAUUCAAACCUCAGGUUUUUGGUCUGGCUGGAUACUCUAAUACAUGCAUGCAUACACUUUUGCAUGAACAAUGCAGGAACAACUGUAAAUAGAAGAUGUGCAAAUGUCAUUAAUCAAAUGAGUUUAUAUAAAAUUUGCUCGGUGUAUACAUUGGAAUCUUUGACUAUACCGUUAGAAAACUUUGCUUCAGAAAUGCCAUGACCCACAUUGUUAUUUGGAGUGCCGGAUGUUCCUUUUUGGAAGCUGCAGUAGGAAAACUCCUUUUUCCUACAUGAAACACAAAUACGAUGAAAAUAAAUGAAGGGGGACAAAGAGAGACAUACAUUCUCAAGCAUUUUCCUACAAGGUUUGGAAAGGUGGCAGGAAAACCAGAGCAGUACCAUCAGCAGAGGGGGGCAUUGGAUGAUUGCCUUGACUGCUUUUCCAUUAUCCCUCUUCACUUUGGAGUAAAGUUUCGAAUCGUCUAUAAAUUAAGCCCCAGAAACAAAAAUUUGUAGCAGCUGCCUCUGCCCCAGUUUCCCCACAAUGCCAUCUAAUGGGCCAGUUGACACCAGCAGUCCUUCUGCGGACCGGGAGACAGUCGAUGCUCACAAGCAGGGAGAAGAAGAUCCUGAGGAGAAUCGGAACAAGGAGGAGAAGCCAGAUCCAGGAAUCCCUGUGAGGAAAGUGGGGCGACCUGGUAGAAAACGGAAACAGCCAGUGGCGGAGACCAGUGAAAUCCCCAAAGACACAGCUUCAGCACCCAAGUGCCCCCCUCCUACCCACAACACCAGCCCUAUGGAGCAAGUGCCCAAUGGAGAUGCUGAGAUGGGAGCUUCUGAGAAUUGCACUCUCACCGAUCUGAAGGGCAGGCAGCGAAGCGAAAACGAACCCAGUGGCCCGCCAGAAGGAGAGAUGGGAAGGGCCCUGGAAAAUGGGCGCUGCACUCCCAAGGACAGUCCUGAUCCACCUGCUAGUGAAGGCAAAGAUGACAAGGAAGAAAACCACUACAACUCACUGAAAAUGGAGGGAUCUCGUGGCCGUCUGCGUGGAGGACUGGGUUGUGAGUCUACCCUUCGCCCGAGGCCAGUGCAGCGUCUGACCUUUCAAGCUGGAGAUCCCUACUACAUCAGCAAGAGGAAGCGGGAUGAGUGGCUGGCCAGGUGGAAGAGGGAGACUGAUAACCCAGCGGCAGCUCAGCUUGACAAGGCUGAAAAGAAAGCUAAGGUAAUUGCUGGAAUGAAUGCUGUGGAAGAAACACCACGGAGCGAGCCCCAGAAGGAGGAGGAGGCUAGCCCACCAGCCUCGCAGCAGCCCACUGACCCCGCUUCUCCCACUGUGGCUACUACCCCAGAGCCUGUGGGGCCUGAUGCUGUAGAGAAGAGCAUAUCAAAGUCACCUGAUGAUGAGCCAGAAUAUGAGGAUGGCCGGGGGUUUGGGAUCGGGGAGCUGGUGUGGGGAAAACUCCGUGGAUUCUCCUGGUGGCCAGGCCGCAUUGUUUCCUGGUGGAUGACUGGCAGGAGCCGGGCUGCUGAAGGUACCCGCUGGGUCAUGUGGUUCGGUGAUGGGAAGUUUUCUGUGGUCUGUGUGGAGAAACUGCUUCCACUCAGCUCCUUUGCUAGCGCCUUUCACCAGGCCACAUAUAACAAGCAGCCCAUGUAUCGAAAGGCCAUCUAUGAAGUACUGCAGGUGGCCAGCAGCAGAUCAGGCAAGAUCUUUCCAUCCUGUCCAGAGAACGAUGAAACUGACACUUCUAAAGUGGUUGAAAUGCAGAACAAACAGAUGAUUGAAUGGGCCUUAGGAGGGUUCCAGCCAUCUGGCCCGAAGGGAUUGGAGCCUCCUGAAGAGGAACGCAAUCCCUACAAAGAAGUUUACCCGGAGAUGUGGGGGGAACCAGAAGCUGCUGCCUAUGCCCCUCCUCCGCCAGCCAAAAAACCAAGGAAAAGCACAGCUGAGAAGCCUAAGGUCAAGGAAAUCAUAGAUGAGCGCACCCGAGAACGUCUUGUUUAUGAGGUUCGACAGAAAUGCAGGAAUAUUGAAGAUAUCUGCAUUUCCUGUGGAAGCCUGAAUGUCACCCUGGAACACCCUCUCUUCAUUGGAGGAAUGUGCCAAAACUGCAAGAACUGCUUUUUGGAAUGCGCCUAUCAAUAUGAUGAUGAUGGCUAUCAAUCAUAUUGCACCAUCUGCUGCGGUGGCCGUGAAGUCCUUAUGUGUGGGAACAACAAUUGUUGCAG